AUGGCCGGCCCAUCUCGUCAAGAGUUCAGGAAGAACCAGAGUCGCGUGCACUUGCUGGCCCUCCUCCAAGAAGGGUGUCGUGUCGGCCCGUUUCCUCCACUGAGCCGCUUGCGCUUCUGCCCCCUGCCUAUGAACGUGUUCAUCUUUCAGUUUACACAGCCAUUUGACAGUGGCAGACGGUGGUCUAAGCUGCACCAUGAGGGGACCCAUUCCCUGCUGCUCAAAAAUCCCCUCACGUUCAUCGUGGGCCGUGUUCCUGUGGUCGUCCUCAUCUCCCUACGUGGCUCAGAGCAUCAGAGACACUGGGGGAGGAAGAGUACCUGCUCCAAACUUGCUGCCCUGAGUGAGCUGCUGCAUGAAGAGCCGUGCCCUGUCCUCAGCACUGCCCAUGUGUUGUCCUGCACACACAUCCACAUCAGGAACCACAACAGAGGACCCACAGCGGGGCCUGCAGGUCUGGGACGCUCCUGUGCACCCUGGGUGCCUCGGCGUCGCGCAGAUGGAACAGCAGUGCCGGGUGACGGCCGAGGGCUCAGGCGGGGCUCAGUUUGUUCCCCUCUAACUGUCCCCUCUCCCGCAGAGGAGGCCGAGCGCGGCAGCCUCGGCGCGGGCUCGCUGUGCAGGCGGAGGCGGGCGCUGGGCGCGCUGCGUGACGAAGGACCCCGGCGGCGCGCACACCUGGACAUCGGCCUCCCGCGAGACUUCCGCCCCGUGUCCUCCAUCAUCGACGUGGACCUGGUCCCCGAGACGCACCGGCGAGUGCGGCUGCACCGGCACGGCUGCGAGAAGCCGCUGGGCUUCUACAUCCGCGAUGGCACCAGCGUGCGCGUGACCCCGCACGGGCUGGAGAAGGUGCCCGGCAUCUUCAUCUCGCGCAUGGUCCCCGGGGGCCUGGCGGAGAGCACCGGGCUGCUGGCUGUGAAUGACGAGGUCCUGGAAGUGAACGGCAUUGAGGUGGCCGGGAAGACGCUGGACCAGGUCACGGACAUGAUGAUCGCCAACAGCCACAACCUCAUCGUCACCGUCAAGCCCGCCAACCAGCGCAACAACGUGGUGCGUGGCGGCCGCGCGCUGGGCGGCUCGGGACCGCCCUCGGACGGCACCGCGGGCCUCGUGGGUCCCCCCGCCCCGCGCGUCCUGCAGAACUUCCACCCCGACGAGGCGGAGAGCGACGAGGACAACGACGUGGUCAUCGAGGGCACGCUGGAGCCUGCACGCGCCCCCCAGGCCCCGGGCGCCCCCGCAGGCAGCCUCUCGCGGGUCAAUGGCGCGGGCCUGGCGCAGCGGCUGCAGCGGGACCUGGCCCUGGACGGCGGCCUCCAGCGGCUGCUCAGCUCCUGCGGGCGGACCCACGUCACAGCCUGGCCCUGCCACCAGGCGGCGUGGAGGAGCACGGGCCCGCGGUCACGCUCUAGACUCCAGAGACGCCCCCACAUCCCAGCUCCAGUUCCCGGGUAAGGGCAGGGACAGGACCUGCAGACUGCAUCCCCUCCUUUUUUGUUGCUUUUGUGACCACAAAAACAACUCAGCUCUUUGUUUCAACUUCUGGAUAUAGAAACACAAAUAUUGCCUAUUUUUAUAGAAUUUCGCCACGGAACUUACAAGGAAUGCCUGAAGACAACACUCUACAGCAGGCCUGAGUGCAGCUCUUAGCGCCUUUGCCAAGUGAUAGAAAAGAUCUGACCAAGUGCAAACAAAUGCUUUAAAAAUUUUUGACAAAUACUUUGUUUUUAAAAUGAAGCUUUAAAAUUACUUUUUAAAAAUAGUCAAAUUCAUGUUUUUAACUUGGCCCAUGCAAAAUAUGUCUCAGCAUUCUUGCUGUGCUUUCUGCUGACUUGCAGGGGAGGCCGACGGUGCUGAUGUAUGUGACAGGCUGGUUUUUAAGAACGAAUGCAGCCGGGCCGGGUGGCUCAGGCCUGUAAUCCCAGCACUUUGGGAGGCCGAGGCGGGCGGAUCACGACGUCAGGAGGUCGAGACCAGCAUGGCUAACAUGGUGAAACCCCGUCUCUACUAAAAAUACAAAAAAAUUA